AUGCUGCGCUCUACCUAUUCAUAUACCUUCGAGGAAACCGACAACUCUGACGCCGACGAGGAGGCCGUAGUCGACGUCGAGACGGUUAUCGCCGACAACGAAGACGAAGUCUCCAACGAAGUCGUCGCCGAAGCCGCUGACGAGGUCGUUGUCGCCGACAUCGAUGCCACCACCGUCGAAGACGCCGAAGUUGACGUGGUCGCUAUCGGUGCUGAGGACGUCGAGGAGACCGACAACGCUGACACCGACGAGGAGGCCGUAGCCGACGACGAGACUGUUGCCGACAACGAAGGCGAAGUUUCCAACGAAGUCGUCGCCGAGACAGCUGACGAGGUCGUUGUCGCCGACAUCGAUGCCACCACCGUCGAGGAUGCCGAAGUCGCUGUCGUGGCCGAGGACGUCGAGGAAACCGACAACGCUGACGCCGACGAGGAGGCCGUAGUCGACGACGAGACGGUUAUCGCCGACAACGAAGACGAAGUCUCCAACGAAGUCGUCGCCGAAGCCGCUGACGAGGUCGUUGUCGCCGAUAUCGAUGCCACUAUCGAUGCUGACACUGAUAGCGAUGCGAACCGCAACUGAUCACGUUCUUGUGCAGUGGCACCAAUUCGAUGGCUUCACGCAAUGCUGUUGUAACGAUUCUAAUAUAUCGCAUAUUUUCUGUCCGA